AUGCCAAACGUCCGACGACUGUCCUUGGUUGUCGCGUGUUUUGAUUUCCUGAUGAUAUGCGCGAACGAAAGACCGAUCGGCGCAUCGAGGACGCUCUCCAGGCCCAAGAGAUACUUGAUUUUCCCGGAAGGCAGCAACCUGCAGCUGGUGUUUUGCCUGACAGUCGGAACGUACGCCAGAGAGAAUGACGUGGUGAUGGGCAUGACGGCCGCUUUGGCCUGGGAGCUGCCGAGCAAAGUCGACAACAAAAUAUCGGAAUUGCUUCAUCGCAGAAGCAGAAGCGUCGUAUUCCCGAAAAUAGAAGCUCUACUGCAGUCCACCGGCCUCGAUGGCAGAGCCUGCGUGAUGAGGGCGCUCUGCGAGGCGGGCCAGAGGGACCCUUCGAACCUUGGCAAGGGGGCCUUCGUGAACGAGCUACUGCACGCGAUUUUCACGCUGCCCAAUGACGGCGAAAAGUUCGAGAAAACGAGGGAUCGAGCAUACGAGGACGCGUACCGGACCACCGUAAAUUGCGAGCAGCUUUAUCCGAGCUGCCAGCACUCCAUUUACGAGGUAGAGUUCUAA